CUUGGGUAUCAGAGCUAGUUUGUCCAUCGUCGCUUUGUUUUGAUUCAAGCCCAAGUCUCUCUUUGCCCGCCCCCUGUUAAGUCAGUUCAUUGCCCCUCCCACCCGGAACUCCCUAAGCUCUUCAUUCUACAAUUUCGCCUCUUCCUCGCAUUCAUUGUUGCUGGCAAAGUCGCGACUCAGCCGGAAUCACGCAUUUCUUGCAUCAUCCCAGUGACAAUAUUUUGACUGACUGACCAAAUGUUUCGCUUUCCCAAACUUAAUCGUGUUAUCUCAGCUUUGUGGUCACCUCGGGGGCGGCACAUUGGGGAACGCAGCUCAGCAUCCAAAGAGACCCAACAGCACUCUGUGGAGUCAGAAGAUCAUCUACUACUAGAUACGUCUGGAGCUUCAGAGCGGUUAUAUGUCAAGAAAGAAGACGAAGAAGAAGAGCUAGAAGGAAAAUAUCACGGUCUCAUCACAGCUACUUCAGAAACGGCUGAUCCCGAGUCCAAAGCGACAAAUGAUGGCGCAGCAUCACAGCUGUUUACACCUGCGACAUCUAGCCAGAAAGGGGACGGAAACAUCCAGUAUAUCGCCCCAGUACACGAACGCUCUGUGGCUGCAGAUAAUGGCAACUUAUCUGUUUCUCGAAAGUCUAGCCCAGACAACGGCAGCUACAGCCUACUUACUCCUACUAUCAAGGAUAAAAAAGGGGAGACGGAAAGCAGAGGAUAUAUUCCAGUAAAGACUGAAAGCAUAUGUGAAGAUGGACACACAGCUCUGGGAGGCCAUCAUGAACGAUCUUUGCCAGAUGAUGAAUCUUCCAGUUCGCCAACGACAAGGAGGAAGCGAAAACGUGAUACUGGAUCUGAUCACACCUUUUCAAAACGUCAUACGCUGAGAUUUGAUAAUAGCAAUGGGGAUAACAGUUCAUUGCAGGAUGCAGGAAUGAAGUCUUACGGAGACUAUCGUUAUGAGACCCCUCGUAAUAGACUCACUGGUCGUCAGCCAGGUUUAGUGCCUGGUACAUGGCUAGAGACAGCUGAUGACUGGUCCGAAGGAGAGCUCACAGAAGGGAAUAUGCGUCAUAAUACGCCUGUAUCUAUAUCUGACGACGAAAAAAGCAUAGUCUCCUCCAGGACAUCCAGGCGCCCAAAGAAGACCAGGUCUAACUCGAACGAUGAAGCAUAUCGACCAUCCCCUGCAGUCUCAAAUAGGGGCCUUAGGAAAUCCAUAGUCAAGCUCGAAGUUGAAGACUCGGAUGAUCCCAGUGAGGAAGGUGUAUGGAGCGAGAAGGAUGCGGUAUGGAAGAAUGAGAAGAGCGAGGUCUCGUUUGACUUUUCUAUCGAGAAGGCCAAACGAUGGGCUGAUGCUGUGAAACUACCUCCAGGGCCGUGGGCUGAAGCAGAGGAGGACCUCUUCUUCCGGCUUUCUAUGCGUGGCUUUGAGCCUAUUAUUCCUGGCAACUGGCACCUUGACUUCCCGACACUGCCCGGGUCUCUCUUUGCCGUUGACGAUGGUCCGGAGCCUCUUAUCCAAGCUCUCAACGGUUCCGAAUUCCAUGCUAUCAAAUAUCUUGGUGACUUGCUCUCGCUUGGAUGUCGAGUGAGAGACCGCAUGUCGAUGAACCUCCGACCUGAGCCCGCUAUCAAGCGCACCAUCAAGAAAUACAUCGAUUGGGCUGCGCGUGACGCAAACUUGCACCAUUGUUAUUCUGCAAUCCCAAUCUAUAAUAUCUAUUGCAUGAAGAAGGGCGAAACCACUCGUGCCGCGAUACAAAAUCUCGAAAAAAGAUUAAUCUCGACAGGGGAAGAAUACCAAGAGAUACUGCAAACAGAAUCAUUCGCCUAUUCAGAUAGUAUCAGCUACCCGGUUAUGACUGGGUUUCUGGUAUGCGGGCCUAUCGUUGCCGUAAUCACGCUUAAUUCCGCCUCUGAGGCCUUUUCUGACUCUUCGUCAGAUACUCUCUGCAAGCUCAUUUCCCAGUUUGAUUUUGGUGACGAUGGGCAGGAUGUCUGGAAUGCCCUGGCGAUUGCGCUCACCGUUAUACGUAUACGCAAGACAAUGCUCGAACUGGCAGAAAAGGGCAGAGGAGGAUGGCUAGUUUCCUCGGUUAAUUGUGUCCCGAGCAUUGAAGAUGAGGAUCUCUAGGCGGAAUUUGGAGAGCGCGGCAAUUGUGUCAGGAGUAUAUUUGUGAUGUAUGAGUUGUAACAGUGUAUCAUGAUGGUUUUGAGUCUUUGUUCUUGUUAAGUCCCAGAACCGAGUCUAUCAAUCUGAUUUCUGCUUCAUUUAUGAUUUGGCCCAUUUAUAUAGUAUAUGUAUGGACUGCGCAUUGGAGGUUCA